ACUGCCGACGCUGGAUGGAGAUACAGAGGGGGAUUACCUCGGAGGGAAAACUUUCCUCCUUUGUGUUUUAAAGUGCCGUUUAUUUCAGCGCAGAGCAAAGUAGAGGGGAGGUGUGUGAGGGAGGACCGUUCAGAUUUUCCACAGAGGAGGAGCAGGAGGAGGACUUGGAGUAGUUUGGUGAGGAGUCACAGACGGGAACUAUAACGGUUAAUCCAGAGCCAAAGUUGUGAGAGUGAGUGAGACUCGGCUCGGCGGAGAAUGGAAACUAGCUAACCUUCCUCACUCCUGUGGUCUCAGCUAGCGCGGGGCUGUAACACAUUUGCAUGAGGCAGGGAGAGGAGCUAAAACAUGUCGUUGUUGUCGCUUCAGAGCAGCCUGUGAGUUUAAGAAGAGCCGAGGGAGAAGUUGGGAGAAAACCGGUUUUCCCUGGUACCCUACCGCCGCUUUGUGUUAGUGAAUGGUGGGGGUGUUUUCCUGUUUGACAGGGCCGAUUGUCAAGUAGAAGUUAGCGUUACAACCGCCCAACACAGGCUCAUCGUCACCAGACCUGCUCAGAUGGACUUGAGAUAACACCCCCAGAAGUUCCACCCUUGUCCCGAACUCCAGCCUUCCACAUUCACCCAGAAUGGCAGAUCCCACCGGGCUGAGCGCUGAAGUGGCCGGGGCAGGCAUAGCCGAGGUCGACGCCUGUAGUUUGGAGAUAGACAGGAAGUAUGAUAUCAUCCCUGCCGUCAUCUGCUCCAUGUGUUGCCUGUUUGGCAUCAUCUACUGCUUCUUUGGUUACCGCUGUUUCAAGGCUGUCAUGUUCCUGUCCGGUCUGAUGUUUGGCUCUGUCAUCAUUUUCCUGCUGUGUCACAAAGAGCACGUGCUGGACACCCAGCUGAGCGUGGAGGCCAGCGCGGGUAUUGGCCUCGGUAUAGGCCUGCUAUGCGGCUUGGUCACUAUGCUGGUGCGAAGCGUCGGCCUCUUCAUGACUGGCCUCCUGCUGGGCCUCCUCCUCGCUCUUGCAGCCCUGCUGGUCACUCACCAGUUCUACACUCCAACCACAGUCUGGGUGCCACUGGGUACACUAUUGGGAACGGGCAUGCUGUUUGCUGUGCUGACACUGCAGUGGCAAAAGCUCUUCACCAUGAUCUCCACGGCUGUGUUUGGGGCAGCUAUCAUGACAGUGUGUGCUGAUUACUUCGUAGAGAUGCUGGUUUUGGCCACGUAUGUGUAUGACUGCUUGCGCCUCACACCCGGGCAACCUCUCUGCUGGUACAGCUGGGUCAUUCUGGGCAUCUGGCCCGCCCUCAGCCUCAUAGGAGUACUGGUCCAGUGGAAACUGACGGAUGACAGCUUCUCACACACUGAAGUGGUUAUCAGUCGGAGACAGAAGCGCGUCCAGCUGAUGCGGAUUCGAGAGAAGGACGCCAAAAAGCGACAGCAGGCAGGUGGGCAGGAAGGCACGUACCGCCGUAAACCCACCCCAGUGAAACGUUACGCUGGGGAUCUACUGGCACCGAGCUACCUGCAAAGUCUGCGGGACAGACAGAUGGGCACAGGCACUUCCCUUAGCAGCCUGGGCACCGCCAACCACACCAUGAUUGACUUGGACUAUGACACCGGCUCCACCGUGCCACUUACAGCUACGACCCCUGUCGUCAGGGUCUGAGCAAAACAGAGAUAAGAAGGGACUACUUAAUGCUCUCUGGUUCUCCAACUGUGUCUUAGUAAUAUAGAGUAGAACCAACACCCUGCUCCCCUCAGCUAAGGGCUUAUUCUGCCCUUAAAGUGAUGUGGAGCGAGUAUGUGUGUCAGUCCUGUGUGUUCAGUGAAAGAGAAUGCUGCUUCCUGGAGAAACGUAAGAGGUGUCACCUGUUUGGUGACAGCUAUAAUAUAACCACUGUGUUUCUCAGAGAAACACUUAAAAACAGAUACUAACAAAGUUAAGGUCCUCCAUUUCCUUUUAUCAUGUAUUAAAUACAUAAACAGCAAGUACGAGCCUCAAAAACGGAUGUGUUUCUGUUUUGGUAGUGAAUCAUGACGAAGCAAUUUGUUUGACAUUACAUGUACUGUACUUAAAGAAUUAGCCAUUGCCAUUAAGUGUUGUGUUAUUACCUGUCUUACCUGUUUAACUGUGUGUUCGUAGGAUUUGUGAUUUUCUCAUUAAAGUGACUUUGUGUAUUUUUUCAGAUGGAGUUUGGUGAGUGAGUAAAAUACAACAUGCAGGUGGAUAUAUGGAGUAUGACAAAGUGAAGCAAAAUGAAUAAAUGCAAAUAAAAAAACCUGUUUCCUGUCAGAAUAGGUGAAGAAUUUAGAGUGUUUUGUAUGCUUGUGGAGUCAACCUUUCAUAAUUUAAUUUAUAUAAUGACCAAGUACACAGUAGGGUUGAAAAAAGGACAAAAAACAAAGCAUGUUUGUUGUUAAUUUGUAGAUUUUUUUAAAAUAAUUAUCCAUUUUGUUGUUUGAAUUUUGCAGGGACAAUGCACUUGUUACCUGAAUCUGUACAUACCUGUUGAUAGAAAUUUUGAAGAUAAAUAAAUGUGUUUGAUACAAAA